AUGCAAACCAUCUACAAUGCUCUAAUCAGAACCCACCAUAUAACCUCUCGCAAAAAGGUAGCCGCCCUCAGACGUGCUGCAGAUACACACCAAUGCGCUGUCCUCCUACGCUCUGGGGGAUGUCCUGGGAUCAUGUACGUGGAGGGUGGGAAGGAACGGGUAGAGAGCUGGGUGGAUGUUGUUCGUCGGCUACGGUAUAAAGAUUUUCAAUUGGUUACGAGGCCUGGAGUUGUGGAGGAUGAAGGGAAAGGGAACGAGAACGGGAACGGGAACGACAAGCAUGGGGACAAGUGGGAUCUCGCGAUAGGACUGGAUGAGGUAGAGAGUGUCAAGGAGUUCGGAGGUAUUAUGGCGAAGAGGGGGGUGUGGAAUUGGUGGAGGAGGGGGAUGGGGUACACUUGA